GAAACGCUAUCCUCCAUUGUCGGGAGAAAGUCGCUUUUCGCAGUGCAUUUGCGUCGCUUUGGAAGGGCGGUCGCGUAAGCUACGGGCCACGUGCAACUCGACAACUUGCGCUUAGUUCUUCACGAACUGUGUGGGAGGCUAGUACGUUACAUGAAUUAUACGCUCGAAUGUCAUGCGCUUUAGAGAGCGCACUGCGAAAAAGCUUUUUUCGCUCGCGACCGAAUCAUGCGUGUGUGAGUGUUGAGACCACGUGAUUUUGACAGUAGCAACGUUUUAAUGCCGGUUAUUUGUGUAUUAACAACAGAGCUAUGUAUACUACAUAAUUGACGACAGUGAAAGUGUUUUAUUUUGCUGAUAACGAACGAAUACGAUGCAUUUUAUGAAGCAAUGACCGUUUGAAUUAGAAGAUAUCGCGAACAGGGUGACUGAAUUUUUUUGGCGCAUUCAUAAACCAUGGAGUUUUUACGGACCCUUUGGUGGAUUAUAUUCUUCAGUUCGACGACUUGCUCAGCCAACGAAGGACUAUUCGGAUCGAAAUUUCCAAACGACAUACCUGAGUACGAUUUGCUGCGAGCUAUCGGCGUGCCUUUCAGUAAUCCGAAGACGCAGUACUUCGAUGAGGGACUCGACGGAUUUCCUGCGUACGGCCUCAAACCGGGUUCAGAUAUCAAGUCACCGUAUCGACUUUUCAUGCCCGAAAAGUUGUAUGCCGAAUUCUCGAUAACUGCAACCGUUCGACCGGCGAACAAAGAUGGCGGCUUCCUCUUUUCCGUCGUUAACCCUUUAGAAACCGUCGUACAACUUGGUGUUCAACUAAUACCGUCAGGCCCGGGACUGACUAACAUAUCUUUACUAUACACAGACGCUAACGUAUACGCUUUAUCACAGACUAUAGCGUCAUUUGUGGUACCAUCGUUCGCUAAAAAAUGGAGUAGGUUUGGUAUGAAAGUUACCACAGAUAAUGUAACUUUGUUUUUAAACUGUCACGAGUUUGACACAUUGGCGGUAAAGAGGAACCCGCUAGAAUUGGUCUUUGAUUCGGCGUCGACAUUGUAUGUGGGACAGGCUGGGCCUUUGAUCCGGGGAGCUUUUCAUGGAGCGUUUCAAGAACUCAAGUUGUACGGAUCAUCUUCUCAAGCUGAAGUACAAUGUGUCACUACAUUUGAGGAGAUCGGUAACGGCAGCGGUGGAGACGAAAUUGACAUUGACAAUUUUUUGGUGGACCAAGAGGAGGGGGAUGCCGAGGGGUCCGGUCGCUAUGGUACCAUGCCGCCGCCCUUUCCGCCCCUACCGCCGGGACUAGACGGAUAUUCACCGCGACUGAGAGGAGAAAAAGGAGAUCGCGGACCAAGGGGGCCGCCUGGAGAAUCGAUCAGAGGCCCUCCAGGACCACCGGGACCUCCGGGCCCACCGGGGACCCCUGGGACAGUGCCAGUACACGAGUUUUCUGGAUCAGGAGAUGGCCAAAUCUUCGGGGAGCAUUAUGUGUCCCCGGGACAGUGCAGUUGCAAUGCGAGCGUAAUACUGUCACUGUUGGAAAAGGCUCCAGAGCUCCGAGGACCUCCCGGACCUCCCGGCAUGAUGGGUAUCGAAGGCAGGAUCGGUGCACCCGGCAUCGCGGGCCAGCCAGGGAUACCCGGUGAAAGAGGACCAGCGGGACUGCGAGGGGAAAAAGGGGAGAGGGGGGAUGUAGGACCACGCGGUCCUGAGGGUCAACCUGGACCUAAAGGGGAGCCGGGGGUGGACGGGAGAACGGGUAACCCGGGCCAACCAGGCCCACCCGGACCUCCCGGACCUUCGGACUAUAGUAAUUUCGAGGAAUCGCUGAUGGGAUCAUACGGCGGAGUUCUUGGUCGUCCCGGUGCGCCAGGACCUAAAGGCGAUGCCGGUCAACCGGGUCCAAUGGGGUUGCAAGGAGAAAGAGGUUUCACCGGGCCCAAAGGUGAACGAGGACAACCGGGUCAGAACGGAGCUAAAGGUGACCGCGGGCAUCCGGGCCCUCAAGGUGAUCGAGGACCUAAAGGAGAACGUGGCAGUCCAGGUCUCGAUGGCCGACCGGGCUUACCUGGGGCAAAUGGUCGAUCUGCUGAGAAAGGGGAAAAAGGUGAACGAGGUUUACCGGGCCCGCCUGGUCCACCCACACCGGCCGUCGAUAGUUUGACUGGACGCAGCGAACAUUUAUUCACUGGGCAACAAGAUAUACAACUGGAAAAAGGUGUAAAAGGUGAAAAGGGCGAAAAAGGGGCCCAAGGCAAUGAUGGUACUCCUGGGUUUCCUGGCAAAGAUGGGAAACCGGGUGAAAGAGGGGACAUCGGACCAUCAGGGAUGCCGGGAGUUGCCGGUCCUCCAGGUGUACCGGGACUGAAGGGAGAUAAAGGGGAGAGAGGACCUCCGGGGCCAGUCAGCGUCACAACAUCAGGAUCCGACAUAAUAACUAUAAAGGGAGACAAAGGAGAGCCUGGUCUUCGUGGAAGAAGAGGAAGGCCGGGCCCUCCUGGGCCUCGAGGACUCCAAGGUAUCCAAGGCCCUCCGGGAACCCCGGGACGGACAGGCGAAAAGGGAGAAAUAGGCCUCCCUGGGUGGAUGGGACGACCAGGAACACUUGGUCCCCCGGGUACACCUGGACCUGUUGGACCCAAGGGUGAAAAAGGGGAUCCUGGAGUCAACAUUCUCGAUGUCUCAAUGUUUAAAGGCGAGAAAGGAGAUCGCGGUGAAGAUGGAACGCCGGGUACCAAAGGCGAACAGGGGCCACCAGGUCCCCCUGGUACUUCAGGGUUGAGGACUGAAGCUGUGCAGUACGUACCUGGUCCACCAGGACCACCAGGACCUCCCGGCUCUCCAGGCGUAUCUAUCGUAGGACCAAAAGGCGAGCCAGGGCAAAGCUAUUACGAAGAAUAUCCAACUCACGGCAGCACCAAAUUUUAUGGAAAACCAACUUUUGGAACUACGGAAUCAAGGAGUCAUCAUGAAGAAAAUAAUGCGAAACCCGCUCCGACAGUACCAAGCGCUGCUGUAUUCCAAACUACUGAAGAAAUGAUGAGACUUGCGUCAACAAGUCCAGUGGGAGCACUGGCUUAUGUCACUGAGGAACAAGCGCUCUUCGUUAAAGUUAAUUCUGGAUGGCAAUAUGUUCUGCUCGGUUCGUUGGUGACACAAUCGGCCCCGUCGCCGCCCGCGCCAACGACGCCGACGCAUCUGUUGCCAGCUGCUAGCCUGGUCCACUUGCCCAUUCAUACCAAUUUAGUUGAGAAUUCCCCGCCUGCGACAUCACUAGGACCCACUUUACGACUCGCCGCCCUUAACGAGCCGCUAUCGGGCGACAUGCACGGCGUGCGGCGCGCGGAUUAUGCCUGCUACAGACAGGCUCGCCGCGCUGGAUUCAAGGGUACAUUCAAAGCUCUACUCACCAGUAGAAUCCAAAACCUAGACUCGACGGUGCGUUACUCGGACCGUCACUUGCCUGUAGUGAACACGCGGGGCGAGAUGUUGUUCAAGUCGUUCGCUGAGAUUUUCGAUGGUAGCGGUGGUCUCAUGUCUGGAGCGCCCAGGAUAUACAGCUUCAACGAUAAGAACGUAAUGGCCGACUCCAACUGGCCACAAAAGUUCAUAUGGCAUGGUUCAUACAUGAAUGGAGAACGUGCCAUGGAGACCUUCUGCGACGAGUGGCAAAGCAACGAUCCAAAGUCGCGGGGCAUGGCGGCUUCUCUUUACUCUCACAAGCUACUCAAUCAAGAAAGAUAUACGUGCAACAAUCAUUUCGCUGUGUUAUGUAUUGAAGCAACAUCACACGUUAGUAACAGAAGAAAAAGAAAUACACGAAGAUACAACGGUACAAGUUUAAUAGACGACGAGGAUUAUCUUUACAAUGCGGAAGAGUAUCAACAAUUAUUAAAUGACAUUUUUGCUCAACCCUAUAGAGAAAUUUGAAACUAGAUACAUGUUUACAAGUGUUCAGUGCUAGCUUAAAGAUAUAAUUAACAUUUAUUUGCAAUCAGACGUGUAAUUAUGAGAUUAAUUGAGUUGCUUAGUGUUCAAGAGAUUCCUAUUAAAGUUAAAAUUACGAUACUCAGAGUUUGGAAUAAAAACGUGGUACGGUAGAUGCUUGUAUGAUUUUAAAACAUCAAAUUUAUACAUUCUUAGUUUUAUAAUAUAACAUUCGAUUAUAGUUGUUUAAUUGAUAAAAGCAUAGUAUUUCGUCAUUGGUUGUAAUUAGUUGAAGAAUGCGAACGAAUUUCUUGUGAUAUGUAUUCCAAGAAUUUAAUUUGAGACUGUAAAUAUUGCUUUUAU